AUGCAGAUGACAAGCAAGCAGCUGGAUGACAAGGCCAUCAUGGUGUCAGCGCGGGCCAAGGAAGACCCGAUGACCGUGGUGAACACGGAGCACAAUUUAGGCAACCCGAUGCCUCUGCCUUGCAUACUGGGUGCAGCCGGUGCGGCCUUCAAUGAUGCUAAGAAGUUCAAGGCGUGCCAGGAUGUAGAGCUCUACUCGCUGGACGAAACAGCUGACGCCACCGACGGAAGAUCCUGGCUGGACAUCGAGGAGCAGUACCACUUUCACGACUUGGGGCGAAUCGGGGCACUAUGGCCAGAUCUUGAGGAGCAAUACAUGUUUGAAGAGUUUGCGGCGCAAAGUGAGGAGGAGCCUUGGAUGUCGUUGCUCACAUCCGCCGCCGUAAGGGGUAAGGAUGUUUGCGGCAUGUUUUGA